UAAAACACAAGUCAAUAUUGACAUGUCAAAGUUCAGUCAGUCGAAAGGUGUGGAGUGUAAGUAAACGGAUUUUACACUUUUCUGAUGUUCUCAACGUGAAAUAAUUAGUCCGGUUUAAAUGUUGUAUUAGUGUGGUGUUUUAAUGAAAUCAGCCUUUGAUUUCUAAAUUAAAUUAGUCCCAGCUAGCAAAAUGGCUUCUGGAGACACAAUCGAAUCUAUUCAAACUAUGGAUACAAUUCAAAUGACGAAUAUGAACAGCUCCAAGGAUAUUCCAGGAUACCGUGAAUCAUCAGAGACCGAAGAAAUAGAUGAUAAAGAUGACAAUUCCGUUCCAUACAAAAGCGUACAAGACAUUAGCCAGAAAAAUCUUCCCAACGACAACAAACCAAAAAAUGAACGAGAAAGGAAGAUCGGCCAUAGGCGGGUCGGUGUGGGGGGAGAAAUCACAUAUAAGAAAAUUCAGACGACACAGAUUAUGGGGUCGAUACAAUUGGGUAUUCAACACGCAGUCGGAGGGUUGGCGUCGAAGCCCGAAAGAGAUUUGCUCAUGCAGGAUUUCAUGACAGUGGAAACGACGAAUUUCCCUAGCGAAGGUUCGAACCAUACGCCCGCCCACCACUUUUCGGAGUUCAAGUUCAAAAAUUACGCGCCCAUAGCUUUCAGGUACUUCCGGGAUCUGUUCGGCAUUCAACCGGAUGAUUUUUUGAUGUCGAUGUGCAAUUCGAGAUUAAGAGAAUUAUCGAAUCCAGGCGCAAGUGGUUCGAUAUUUUACGUCACCCAAGAUGACGAAUUUAUUAUUAAGACUGUACAACAUAAGGAGGGAGAAUUUUUACAAAAAUUAUUAGCAGGAUAUUAUAUGAAUCUCAAUCAGAAUCCUAGGACGUUACUACCGAAAUUUUUCGGACUUUAUUGUUAUCAGUGUAAUAGUAAAAACGUAAGACUGGUAGUCAUGAAUAACUUAUUACCUAGCUAUAUAACGAUGCAUCAUAAGUACGAUCUGAAAGGGAGUACCUACAAGAGAAAGGCUUCGAAAGCUGAACGAUCUAAACGGGCUCCGACUUACAAAGAUCUGGAUUUCAUGGAACACCAUCCGGAGGGCAUUUUCAUGGAGGCUGAUACCUACAACGCUUUAACCAAAACGAUACAAAGAGACUGUAGGGUAUUAGAAAGUUUUAAAAUUAUGGAUUACAGUUUACUAUUAGCCAUACACAAUUUGGAUCAGGCGCAGAAAGAAAAAAUGGAAAGGAAAUCUCAGAUCAACCUGGACAGGCUGCAGGUGGAGGGGGAGGCGGGCGACUCGAAUACCGUGUUGAUUCGCGAAGAGAGGGAGAGAGAAAAAGAAGACAGAAUGGCCACUGCGGGCGCCUUGAACCGCAGCCGGUCGAUAAACAGGCAAAGGCUGGUCGCACAUUCCACUGCUAUGGAGAGCAUUCAGGCUGAAUCCGAACCGAUAGACGAAGACGACGAUACACCACCUGGCGGAAUACCUGCGAGAAACGCCAAGGGGGAGCGACUUCUCUUGUUCAUAGGAAUAAUAGAUAUCUUGCAGAGUUAUAGGUUAAAGAAAAAAUUGGAACACACCUGGAAGUCCAUGAUUCAUGACGGUGAUACUGUUUCUGUACAUAGACCUAGUUUUUAUGCUCAGAGAUUCAUGAAAUUCAUGUCCCAGACUGUAUUCAAAAAGAUUCCAUCACCUCUAAAACAUUCACCGUCGAAGCGAAAAUCGUUGUCCAGGCCUUUGGGACGACACGAGGAAACCAACGAGAGAGAAACUACUGCUCAGGUGAAAAGCAAUAAUACAGUGCAAGUUAACGGCGGCAAGAGCGCUUCGCAAUCCGAACCGCCCUUUGCGAAAACGACGGUACCAUCGGCCCGCCCCGCAACCGGUACGCCUCUGCUGUCUCCCGCUGCUUCGCUGACAUCCCCUCCAUCGGCGUAUCCCGCCGUGCUGGUCGGACGGUCGAACAGCGACGCGAAGGGCAAGGUGCCGCCUCCGGUGCCGCCCCGUGGUACGCCCAAAGUGAAGCGCGGGUGCGAGAAAGGCGUAGCUCCAAGUUGCUGCAGUACGCCGCCUCCAACGUACGAGGGUUUGGACGAUGAACCGUCGCACGUAAGACUAGCCAUGGGGGCGGCAUCUUCGCUGCCCUCCCACGUACAUUCUGGAUCUCAUGCGUCUUCGACCACCCAGUCGUACGUGUCGCUACAUCAUAUCGCCGUCAGGAAUUACAAGGACGAUGCUUUGAGUUAUAGCGACAUAAAAUUAGAGUCUCGACCGGAGAACAAGUCCUCAUCGCUAAGCGUUGAGUCGGGCAGUUCAGGUGCGGGUGGACACUCGAGUCAUUCCAGGGGGUUGGCAUGGACGCCCCCAACGUCCGUCGAAGGCUCCACUCCGACCUGGACUGAAGGUACACCCUCUUUUACCGAAUCAUCAAGUAGUGGAGAUAUGGGUUGUCCAACAACUCCCUUGCGGCAAGCAACUCAUUCGUCUACUAAGUCUCAUCAUAAAAAAACUGUGGAGCACGCUAUCAAUUGUCUUACCACUGAAAUGAAUUCUUCCAUACUGACAAUGGAACCGUCUCGAGCGAGAAAGUAACGACACACUUUGGAUAAAGUUGCAAGCAAUGUUACAGCGCUGAGCCUCGUUCCGGUUACCUCCCCCUCUCAAAUAACAACGGAGAAACUUUAAAAAGAAAAAACCGUUUCCAGUUUUCCAGCCUUGUGGGAAGCGAGCCGGCUCUCUUUUUUUUGACGAAAAAAAAAACCGCCAGACGCGCUGCGCACGUGAAAAAACAAACGCUGGUGUUUUUGUGAAGCUUUAAUAUCAAUGUACAAAUUUGGUGGCACGUUUUGUUGUAAAUUUACGCUGCAGAUGGACUGUGACAGGGUCGCGAUACAAUAAUAGCAACGACACGUUGCGAUCCUGUCAGAUUUUAUCGGCUUAUAUAAAUAAUAUAAAUAUAUACAAAUAU